AUGGCGGGAGGAAAGAGAAAAGUGUUCAACAGAAAAACCCGGAAUAAAAGACAAAACGAGACGGAAAAUACAGAAGAAAACUCUUCAGCUAAAGCAUUGAGGGAUACUUCUUCCCAGGGGAAGAAGCUAAAGCUCGAUGAAGCAAAAGAAGUAGAAGAAAAACGUCCUGUUUCAGUUCAAGCCUUGACGACUGAACCAACGACUUUAAUCAAACCGAAGUUGAGAGACGACGAUGUAUCAAGGAAAGCAUCAAAAUAUGUUCCUCCAUUUUCUAGAACUAGAAAAUCAGGAAAUACUGAAGAAAAGAGUGGUAAUAAGAGCCCUGUAACUAGAUCUUCCACUAGAAAAAGAAACCGUUUACAAGUUUUGACCGAYGUUGCAAAGCAAAAGUUGGAAUUUGAAGGCCGAAAUGAUGAAACUUCUUCAUUAAUAACAAGCGAGAAAACAGCGGACUCUUGUCCAUCUGAUAGAAUUAAAGAAGAACAAAAGGAAAGACUAGAAGUUCCACCUGCAAAACAUCCAAAACUAAAAGAGAGGGUAAAAAUAAACAGACACUUUUCAUUAAACCUGAGAGGUAAAGGGAAGAAAAAAACAAAACAAAAUGAAAGUGAAAUAGAGGGAGAAAAAGUAGUUGGAAAUGCAGCCAUACCUGUGACACUGGAAGAAAAUGAGAUGCAAGAAACCAAAGUUGUUGAAAAGAAUAAUGAGAAAAAACACCAGAAAACUGCAAAAGAGGCUUUGAAAGAUGAAACCAAGGAAAAUGAAAGUGAACCUGAGGGAGAAGAAUUAGAUGGGAAUGCARCCAUGGAAGAGACAACAAAAGAGGAGAGGCAAGAAACCAAAGCUGUUAAAAAUAAUAAUGAGAAAAAACAUCGUGAAACUGUAGAUGAAGAGGCUUUGAAAGAUGAAACCAAGCAAAAUGAAAGUGAACCUGAAGGAGAAGAAUUAGAUGGGAAUGCAGCCAUGGAAGAGACAAAAAAAGAAGAGAGGCAAGAAACCAAACCUGUUCAAAAGAAUUAUGAGAAAAAACAUCACCAAACUGAAAAAGAGGCUUUGAAAAAUAAAACCAAACAAAAUGGAAGGGAACCUGAGGAAGAGGAAUUAGAUGGGAAAGCAGACAUGGAAGAGACAACAAAAGAAGAGAGGCAAGAAACCAAACCUGUUCAAAAGAAUUAUGAGAAAAAACAUCACAAAACUGAAAAAGAGGCUUUGAAAGAUGAAGCCAAACAAAAUGAAAGUGAACCUGAGGAAGAAGAAUUAGAUGGGAAUACAGCCAUGGAAGAGACAACAAAAGAGGAGAGGCAAGAAACCAAACCUGUUCAAAAGAAUUAUGAGAAAAAACAUGAAACUGUAGAUGAAAAGGCUUUAAAAGAUGAAAUUGUAAAAAUCCUUAUCAAAGAAAACAAAUUAAAAAAAGUUCCUGAUGAAGAUAGUCAAGCAACAUAUCACCCCAAAGAUGGCCAUAAUGAAGCUCAACAUUCCAAGUGUAGUAUAGACAACAACUUGAGAUCAAAGAAAGAAAAUGCAUCAGAUUCCACAAUSAACAAGCCGUACUAUAUAGACACUGUGGUUCAGGCAUGUGUUGACUUUUUGAUUCAAACUAUCGAAGCAGGUAUUCCAAUUGAUGUUGUCGCUAGUGAUAAUAUUGACUUAGCUCCUUGCCUAUCUAUAAAGGCAGACUCGGAGAAGAAACCUCAAUCAGAAAACGAUGAUGCCUGUGCUAAGAUAUCUAGCAACCACAUAAAUGAUGAAAGCAUCGAUAGCAAUUUAGAAUAUUCUAAAGCAAUUGUGAGUAAAAAUAGGCAGGUUAAUGCUGAUCAAGAAGAUCACAGCUGUCUCGAAGAUGGUGUGGGUGAUAAAUACAAGGCAGUCCAUGCUGAUGCUACUAAUUAUGCUCUUAUUGAAGACAAAUCCAAUGCAAAAACAACACUUGAAACAACAUUACSUAGAAGCAGUGAGAUAGUCCCUUUGUGUAUUCAUGCUGUUUGGGAGWAUGACAGUAGUUUAAAAAAGCCUGAAGCUGAAGGAAAUGAUGACAGCAAGACCRUACAUGGUGUCACUGAAGCCAUUCAUAAUUAUGGUGUACAACAAAAGAAAGAGUUGGACACUGAAGUGUAUGAUAAGAACAAUACAGAGCCGUUAGCUCUUGAUGUUAUUGUUGAUGAUGAUGAUAAAUACCAAGAGAAAGAGCUUGAAACUAAUGUGGGAGAUGGGGACUGUUCAGACAUUGACAUUGUUGGUGAUGAUGAGAAUGAUGUAGAGCUUCUUGUCACUGAAUUGCAUGAUGGUAGCAAGGCAAAUCUUUCAGAGGAUAAUGAUGUUGUUGGUGAUGGUGACAUCGAYGUGAAAAAUCUUGGAGAUGAGGUCAAUGCAGCCAGCAAGGCAGACCUUUCAGAUGAUAUUGGUGAUGAUGACAUUGAUUUAAAACAUCUUGGAGAUGAGGAGCAUGCAGCCAGCAAGGCAGACCUUUCAGAGGAUAUUGAUGUUGUUGGGGAUGAUGACCACGCUGCCAAAGUAGGUAAUCCUGUACAGCUUGAGUAUGCUACUAAUGUUGGUGUUGACAAUGUGGUACGUUCUGAAAGGAUUUAUGCAAAGUUUAGUGACAAUCACAUGGAUUUCCCUGCUGCUGUUUCAGUUCCUAACAAAGAAAACCAUGUCAGUAUUAUUAACCCUGGUGGCAGAGAUGAUAAUAAUAUGGGCUCUAAAACCUCUCCCAAUGAAAUAGAUAGAAGUAGUUCUAAAACUAGUAGAAAUACUUACAUUGUUGGAUAUACAGCUACUUGUCAAAUGGAUAUCUUGACUGCAAUUUCUAGUACCGAUGGUAAGAAUAUGUCUAAGAAAGAAGAAACACAUGGUGCAUCUCUAGAAGAAGUGGAAGUAUCCAGACUGAAAUGUGUGAAGAUACUACCYGAAGCCUGUGAAAAAGACCAGAAAAAAUGCACUAACAAACAAGAGAGAUCUGCAAAAGAAAAAUUUGACAAACAAGAAAAAUCUCAUAUCAUCCAGGAGAAAGAAAGUUCUGUGGUCAACAAGGAAUGUGAUAUGAGUGGCGUAGCUUUGUCAAAAUGUGGAGAAAUGGAUCUUGAUUAUGUCAUCGAUUGCACAGAYUCACAACUGAUUGGUGCUAAACCAAGCAGUGGCUCUGAUGGACUUAGAUAUGAUGAUCUCAAUCUAGAGGAUCUAAUGGACUGCAGUGAUUCUCAGCUAGUUGAUAUAGAGAACCUAGAAAGCCAAGCAUUAAACAAUCAACUAAGGGCAAGAGAUGGGCCAUCCCAAGCAUUAGUAAUAGAAGAUGGAACUACCCUCAUACAAGGCCUCAUUAAAGAAGUAUCAUCUAUCAAACUACACCUGAUGGAUGUGUGGAAUACAUAUGAACAAGCCAAGAAGAGAAGACAUUUGACCUAUACGCCAGUAAUAAAGAAGCGGAAAUAG